UUCAGUUCAGUUACAACUCUUUAGGGCUGUGUAACGGAAUUCGCUUAUACAAUUUUUAUUUUUCAUAAACGUGUAAACCUUUUGGUUGGGAAUUUCAAUGGCCGACGAUGAUCAGAUGCAGUUCGAUGCCGCCGAUUCGGGCGCCUCGAAAACAUUUCCCAUGCAGUGCUCAGCGCUGCGUAAGAAUGGACAUGUCAUGUUAAAGGGUCGUCCCUGCAAGAUUGUGGACAUGUCCACCUCAAAGACUGGCAAGCAUGGACAUGCCAAGGUGCAUCUGGUGGGCAUCGACAUAUUCACGCAGAAGAAGUACGAGGACAUUUGUCCCUCCACUCACAACAUGGAUGUGCCGCAUGUGAAGCGUGAGGAUUAUCAACUGACCGAUAUAAGUGAUGAUGGUUAUGUUACUCUCAUGUCGGAUAAUGGUGAAAUACGCGAGGAUCUCAAAGUGCCAGAUGGAGAGCUGGGAAACUGUCUGCGUGUGGAUUUUGGCGAGGGCAAAGAUCUAUUGUGCACUGUUCUAGGGGCUUGUGGUGAGGAGUGCGUCAUUGCCAUGAAGGCUAAUAUGGGAUUGGAUAAGUAAUGAGAGCAUCAAAUAAAAAUCUCGCUCAGACAAGCAAUUCGAGA